AUGCUUUCCUCCCCAGUCACAAUUUCUGACCAUCCAAGCCCAGCAUGGAGCAACCAAUGGUUACACCCCUCGACGGGGAAUCCAUUUACUCUCAAGUUUUGUCAAUCCGAUGAGCUCAGCGCAGGAGACCUCCAGGCGUGUCUUGAUCUUGUCGAGGAAACCUCUGGAGAGCACUACAAGUCUUCGUCGAGGGGAUGGCAUCCCGGUAGUAAGAGGAGAGAGAUGCGAGAGGCCGACAUGCGGUACAUACUCGUCAAGGACGAGAGCGACGUCGUAAAAGGGUUCACGUCGUUGAUGCCGUGCUAUGAAGAGGGUGAGCCGGUGAUUUACUGCUAUGAGAUUCAUCUCAAACCUGAGUUGCAGGGAACCGGGCUCGGGAGGACAUUAAUGAGUUUCCUCGAGACAAUUGCGGCGAAUGUGCCGACUGUUAAUAAGGUCAUGCUGACCUGCUUUCUCUGUAACACGAAAGGCCUCGAGUUCUAUAAGAGGAUCGGGUUCGAGAAAGAUGAAAUAUCCCCCGAGCCGAGGAAACUGAGGUUCGGGAAAGUGUUCGAGCCGGACUAUGUCAUUUUGAGCAAGGUAGUCGGUCGGGGCAAUGCCUGA